AUGUUUGAGCCCGAUGAGAAUAAUCCAUUCCAAGUCAACCAGGAAGAACCGCCCAUCGUCACCUCUCGCCGACAGCCUGCAUACCGCGUCUAUUUCCAAGAAGCUGUGUUUGGGUGCGACGAUCCCGAAAAUGUGAUGAUGCGCGUCUUCACACAUAUGGCGAUGAUCGUCCGGCGUGAGAUUGAACUGCCUGGCAUGCCAGCCGAUCCGGUGCCCGUACUACCCUGGAGUCCAGAAGAGGUCUUUUCCAUGAUCAAGCCUACGGCUGAAUACAUUGCAAAAGAAUCCGAUCUGAUCAAUCGUCGACUUGCAAUUCUGCAAACUCAAGAUUCUGGAUACCUAUUACAAAGCCUGGACAAAGAAUUGGAAGACCAUCGUGAAACGCUCUACAGCGCCGAGUUCUGGAAACGCAUAGAUCGCAUCAAAUAUCGAAGAUCGGUGGGAAAGGCACCCGUCAAGCGCAGGUCAACAAACUGUCUUACCGAUGGCCCUCGCCCGGAUGAAAUGGAAGAUCGAGAGUGGGCAGAGAGGAGACACAUCAAACGGCGGCGGAUUGAAAGGCGUGAUGAAACCUUCACUGAAUGGCGCGAACGCAGGCGUCUAUCAAUGCAUCAAAACGAUCGUGUUGAGGACUAUCCAGCACGCAAUCGGCGCAGAAAUAACCGUAAUCAAGAAUCGAUGCAAAACAUUGAAAUGGACGUUGCGGUGACUGAGUACGAGCAAGCCAGCGCUCUAGCUGCCCAAGUAGUGCAGGAAAUGGAAGGGACUCUGGCAGCACUAGAUGGACUAAAGAUUUGGCUGGAAAUGGAAUCAGUGGAGAAAUGUACCGUUUCUCCGGAAGUGGAUGAACAUCCAAGCCUAAAACCGGAGGAAUCUCAUCCGGCACCACCACGCAAAAAGUACAAACUGUCUUCAGAUCAGCAUAUGUAUGAAACCGAUGACCCUAAGGACGAAUUUCUAAAGCUGUUCGAGUUGGUCUCGGAAGUUGCUCAAGAUCAGGAGGGCAAGGAGUCAAAUCCCGAAGAACCAGCGCCAAGCGCAAUUUGGGAGAUGUGGGGCAAGCUAUUGAAAAUGGAUAAAGAGAGCGGCGAAUACAAGGAAAAAGUGGCUUGGAUCACGGAUCGCCAUGCAAAAUCGCUGGUCCGCCGUGCUGAGCAAGCGAACAAGCUGCGUCACCUCAUCGAUGAUGUCUCUUCCGUGGGGAUGCUUGUCGGAAAUUUCUUUUCGAACUCCGAGCAUGAGCAGAGAAUUCGCCCGAACAGCUUGCGCGAGAAAAGGACCAUUUAUCAUGCUAUUGAAGUCGACCCGACGGCUGAUUCAGAUGCUGCCACUCAGAACGGAGGAUCUGGUUCCGGCCCGAAAGCGGAAAGCGGAGAAGGGUCUGAAAAGCCAUCGAAUUCCGGUGACGCAGACGCUGAAUCGGAUGAAUCUAUGCUAGAGGCAGUCCGCGAUGCCGCGAGAAAAGCGUUUGGAGCUGAUGACUUGUCUCAAAGGACCAAAUCUCCCGUUCAACCAAAAGUGGUUGAAAUCACGGAUGAGGAACCAGUAAAGGGAGCUGAUAAGCCGGCGGAACAUUCGCCAAAGGUGGUUGAAGUGACUGAUGAAGAAGCGGCUGAUUUCGAGAAGGCGGAUGAUGCAGACAAGCCUGAGCCGGUGAUCGAUGAAGAGGCUGGUGAAGAUGAAGCCACUGAUUUGGAGAAGCCGUCGGGCUUGAUGAAGAGGCAGCAGAUGAUGGUGAUUGUGAUGUGCAACCAGGCAAAAGACGUACCCAGGAUGAGGACGAUUCUGAUGAUUAGC